UCCGUGCGGAAGGACUGCUCCAGGUUUGCAGAGGAAAGGAAUUCAUGCGAAAAGGCUUGCUGUGUUCUUUGAAUGGCCUCUUGCAAACUUGAUCUGGGGAGGGAAUUCCCAACUUUCUUUUCCUUGCAAUGUUUCUGAAUGAUUCUGCUGAUGCUUCAGAAAAGGAACAUGAACCUCAUUCAGCUUUUACUCAGACUGAGCACAACAUAGUUGCGGCUUAUUUGAUAACAGCAGGAGUCAUAAGCCUUCUCAGCAACAUUGUCGUACUGGGCAUCUUUGUUAAAUACAGGGAACUUCGGACAGCCACCAAUGCCAUUAUUAUCAACCUGGCUUUUACUGACAUCGGAGUGAGCGGGAUUGGUUAUCCCAUGUCAGCAGCUUCAGACCUGCAUGGGGGCUGGAAAUUCGGCUAUGCCGGCUGCCAGAUCUAUGCUGCUUUAAAUAUUUUUUUUGGAAUGGCGAGCAUUGGUUUGCUUACUGUGGUAGCAAUUGAUCGCUAUUUGACCAUCUGCAAGCCCCAUAUAGGUAGAAGCCUCUCUGCUCGUAGCUACACAGUCCUGAUUCUUGCUGCCUGGAUUAAUGCAGUUUUUUGGGCCUCCAUGCCUGUGGUGGGCUGGGCAAGCUAUGCCCCCGAUCCAACUGGAGCCACCUGUACUGUAAACUGGAGAAAAAAUGACAGAUCCUUUGUUUCCUACACAAUGUCAGUAGUUGCUGUAAAUUUUGUCAUCCCCUUGUCGGUCAUGUUUUACUGUUACUACAAUGUUUCACAAAUCAUGAAGCGGUAUGCCAGAAGCAAUUGUCUAGAAAGCAUCAACACAGACUGGUCUGAUCAAGCUGAUGUAACCAAGAUGUCUGUUGUCAUGAUUUUAAUGUUUCUGCUGGCUUGGUCUCCAUAUUCUAUUGUGUGUUUAUGGGCAUCCUUUGGAGAUCCAAAGAAAAUUUCUCCAGCCAUGGCGAUCAUAGCACCGCUCUUUGCCAAGUCAUCCACAUUUUAUAAUCCCUGUAUUUAUGUCAUUGCAAACAAAAAGUUUCGAAGGGCCAUCCUUGCUAUGGUUCGAUGUCAGACGCAACCAGAGACAGCCGCUGCCAACGCUUUACCAAUGAGCGUGUCUCAAAGCACAAUCGCAUAAGGAAGCAGCUGGAAAACACUCCCACCGCCUUUACUCGCUCAUAUCAUUUGCAAAUUGAUUCCCUGGAAAGAAAAGAGGGACCUAUUUCACAAACAGAUUUGCUUCCUAUCAAAUGAAUAGACUUCACAGAUGAUCAGAUUGCAAUAUGCAGCUGUGUUAUAUGGAGUCAGACUAUUCGUGCAUCAUGUUUGGGGUUAUCACCACACUGACUCUUUAGCAGAUGGGUGACCAAGCAUCCCUAUCUCUUGCCAUAUCAGAAGCAGGAAAUGUUGUUGAUGUUGCACUGACUGCUACUAAUAGUAGUAUUAUACUAACAAAGGCUCAUUCUGCACAGCACAUUUAUAACGAAUUGCAAUAAUUAAAAAUGAAUUUGUUUUCCAGUUAUAAAAAAGGGAAAACGAGUUCAUUUAUAACAAUUGCAAGUUGUUAUAAAUAUGCUGAGUAGAAUGAGCCAAAGAGAUCUUUUUGCUUGCUCCUUUGUGAAACUGCUUAGAAUUAAGUCAUUUGAAGCCAUUUCUACUGCUAGGAUCAAUCUGCUAGGAUGCCCUUUCUAAUCUUUAAAUGGCUUAAAAGGUUUUGACAAAUCUAUGGAUGAUAGGUUUAUCAAUGACUAGUGACCAUUAAGGCGAGAUGGAACCUCCAUAUUAGAGUGUAGUAUUUGUUUGAAUAUCAAUUGCUGUGGGCAGUGGUGGGAUUCAGCAGGUCCGCACCUCUUUGGCAGAACCGGUUGUUAAAUGAUUUGAAUCCCACCACUGGCUGUGGGGCAACGACAAGGGAAGGUUUAGCCUCUGUGCUUGUAGGCCUUCUGCUUGGCUACUGUAGGAAACAGGAUGCUGACCUAGAUGGAAAUUUGGUCUGAUUCAGCAGGGCUGCUGUAAUAUUCUUAGCAUCUAAAAUAAAACAAAAUCUGGAUUGUUUUUGUUUUGUUCUUUUCCAUAGUUAUUAAUACUGAAUAGAUUUUGGACAUGUCAGGUGAAAGAAAUUAUGAUCAAGGUUGGGAGGAAAGAAAAAUGAAGCAAGCAUGUAAACUACACUACAGCAAAUAAUAUAAUUUCUUUGGUUGUUCAUGUCUCAUUUCUCUGAAGGCAGUCAAAUAGUGGCACUGAUUAUACUUUCUGUUACUGGAUCUUGUUGGUUUCAUUGCUACUAAACAUAAUGAUCUCCAUUGAAAACAAUGCUCAGAAAUUAUGUAACUAUAGCUGAUAGGUAGUCUGUGGUGAAAAGCAAAUGUCUGAUUGUUUUGGAAGAGGAGCGAAGGAUAAACUGUUUAAGUUUCCGACCAAUCAGAGGCAACUUUUCAAGAUUAUUGUGCUCGAUUGCCUAUGGGGACCAUCUGCUGCUAAUUUUCAGUACACUUCAUUAAAGCUUAGUUCUGUUUUCAAAAAUUAUGUCCUAUCUGUAUAUUCAUGUUACAUUUAUUCAGCCAUUACUUUGAAAUAAAUAAGAUUUUUUAAAAAAUUA